AAUACCUCCACUACGACUACUCGGACUCGAGCAGUUCGUUAUCCGGGGAAAACUGCAAGAGAGGCUUGGAGAUGCACUGUCUUGAUUCGCAUGCUCGAAGUGAUCCAUGAAGCUCUGACCAAAGAUGUAGUAAUUACCAAGAGAGAGAUCUAUUACAGAGACCCGGCUCUAUUUCACAACCAAACAGUCGUGGACCGGCUCAUCGACGACAUGGCGUUUACAAUCGGCGUCCCCAGGGCCUCGCUCAAUGUGAGUGCCGCCGCAAAAGGAUUGACCGUCGGGGCUUUUGCAAUCAACAGCAGUGAUGGCUCGCAAACACAGAACUUUCUCACUCAAGAAGGACUUCUCAUACCGAAACUCAAUGACGGCGAUACAAUCAGUAUGCCGGCUGUCCGUUGGAUACUGGUAGUUGAGAAAGAGGCACCAUCCCUACUCAACAUGCCGGCCGUUUUCCGCGCCCUCAUUACCUCUAGUUUCUGGGGCUUACACAGGCACCAAGGCAUCGUCCUAACAGGCAAAGGUUACCCCGACCUGCACACCCGCACCCUCUUACAUACUCUUUCAACGCCCUCGCCCCGCAACGCACAUGCCACAGCUUCAGUGCACGCCCUCGUCGACCUCGACCCUGACGGCCUUGCCAUCCUUGCGACGUACAAGCAUGGCUCGCGUGCACUUGCACAUGAGGCCAUUACUACGCGCGUGCCAGGCCUGCACUGGCUUGGCGUCCGCAGUCAAGACGCUUUGAACGCUAUGGUGGCAGGAAAAGAAGACAGUAGCGGUGGCGAGGCACUCCUACUGCGCCUGACACGCCGCGACCGUGCGAUGGCGGCACGGAUGCUGCAGCGUACGGAGUGCGCGGAAGAGGAGACGUGGCGCCGUGAGCUGCAGAUCAUGCUAAUGCUGAAUAUCAAAGCAGAGAUCGAGGCGUUGGAGGAGGGGUGGAGGGGUGGGCUGGCGGCGUGGUUAGGAAUGAAGUUAUCUGGAGCAUGGGUGGAAAGAGAAAGCGGCUAGGCUGUAGGAUGACAGGUCGCAAGGGGGAAAGAUGGAAGAGAUUGGGGUAACGUGGUGGGUAACGUUGCGCUUGCUAGGAGAGUGCCUGUUAUAGAGAUGCAGACACGAUACGGAGGUAUGUACAGUACCUGGUAGACCGAGACGUAUUCUCGCCCAGCAACCCCCGCCUUACAGUCGC